GCCUGCUACGAAAUGAAGCUUUCGAUAAUUCCUCAGCACGCGUCGUGCGUGCAUUAGCCGGAAGAAACGUCCCACCACGAGCGGGCCUGUUUCGGUGCAGGCAAAAAUCCUUCCCCUGUUAAAGACAAGUUGAUUUAGUUAUAAAUUAGAACGAACAAACGUUAUGGUGGAGAGUGGACACGAAAAACGUAAACAAUGUAUUUGAGUGAGGAGUCUCGACACUGAUGAGAACGAAGUGAUUUGCCUACGAAAAGCCCUGAACAGGAAGCGUUCGUGAUCGUGUCCUCACGGUAUGAACCAGUGAAGAUCGAGCGAUAUCAUUGUUGUGUAGUUACCUUUAGAUGUUCGUCCAUUGCGAAGUCGCAUCGUACGAAGUGUGCAUAAGUGAAACAUGUUCGAGACAGAGAAAGUGUUUACAAAUGUUAAUGAGUCCAAUCAGGAAAAAGUGAUCGACGAAGGUUAUCACUCGCCGUACAGAGCUUCAUUCGGCCGCGUUCUUGGUACUGGGCGACUCAGAGGACAUGAUAUCCCGGACUCCGACGAAGAAAGAGGCAAUCAUUUUGAAUUACUUUGCACCGAACUGCUGGGGGACAUGUCACUGUUAGAUAAUCGUAUUCCGUUGGCUCGCCUUCUCAUAAAUAAGGCACAGGACAUCGAAUUGGCUAUCCGCAUUGGCAAAACCCUUCUUGAGGAGAAGACAAAGCUACAGGAUACCAUCGACUGUUUGAACGACAGCAUGAAAAAAGCGGAGGAUGAAACGGCUCGACUUCGUCAUGGCCUAUCAGUGGCCAACGGACUUCUUGCUGUCCACGAAAAUGGUCAGGAAGAUGACGUCCUCCCUGAAGACUCGCCAACCUACCAUGUCGAUCGUCUUAAAAAAAAGAUCGGCAAGCUCGAAGCGGAGAUUGCGCGACUCAAGCAUGAGUCAGGAACGUGGACACAACAUUUGGCGACAAAUGAAGUGUUGCUAACUAAACGAGCUCUGGAGCUGAACGCGAGCCAACAAGAUAAAAAUCGACUUCUAAGGGAACUCAGUAAAAAAUCUAUGAUGUCCAGUAAACAAAAUGAGGAAAUAACGCGCUUGCGUAAGCAAAUCUGUGUUCUUCAGGAAAAGAUCUGCGCGCAGUCUGUCGAAAAUAAGACGCUUCAAAUCAGCGUGGAUGAAAUUAAUGAAGCUCGACAGGCGCUCACCUCCGAGCUGGCGAAUAGUGAGCGCAAAUAUAGCGAACUUCUACAUGCCUUUCGGGCACUCCAGGAGGACUUACGUCAAAAGCAUCAUUAUUCGGAUAUCGAAAGUGACUGUGACAUCGUUGAAAGGCACGAUACUGAGUACGAACUCGACAAGAACGAUGCGUUCGAAGUUAAUUAUAGGGUCGUCGAAAGCCCUGGUCAAAUCGGGCACAACUCAUUGGCUGCUGAACUGUCGACUUUAACAAUGGAUAACUCAACGGAACCUGAUUCUUCCUUUGGUCAACAGAGAAUUUCCGGAGCCGACAGCUUACCACAUCUGUUCCGUAACGGUGAUGAUGUCAGUAAAUGGCCGGUCGAUUCAGACGAACCGGAAGUAAUGUCUGACGUGAGCAGCGCUGGAGCAUCAACAGAUCGAAAGAAACACAAAUCAAAAAGGAUAGAAACUCAGAUAGUCCUUCAAAGUCGUGGAAAAAAGGGUAACGCUCUUUGUGAGGGCUGCCUUGUAAGAAAGAACGCACAGCAGAUUUCCAGAUUGUUAUGCCUUGUCUUCGCGUGUCUAUUUAUUGCCCAAACGUUUCGACGGCUCAUCAUGGAUUUGCUCAACUGAUUUUCAAAAUUUCCCGCCAAAGUGAUAUCUUGCAUUGGGCUAGGGAGCUUUUAAUACGGUAGUACAAACGAAGGUUGACGCUUUCGAAUAUCUCUGCUGAGCAUUAAUUCGGUGUCAGAGGUGCUCUCUAGAACAUGUCAAAUUUUUGCCUGAGCUAUAUUUUAUAUGUAUCGUCUCAUCAUUAUCUAUUUAAACCUUCAGCAAAAAGUUCAGAUUAGUAUGAAGUCAAUCAGAAAGAAGAUUAGCGUAGAUAGAUGACAAUUAUUAUAUUAAAUAUAUAUAAUAUAGUCAAAUAUAGAAGCAAAAGGCGAAGAAAGCCAGGCGCAAACCUAGCCUAAGUUUUUACGUGCUUGAUAAUUCUCAUUUUCUAAACGAUUAAAAUUUUACAGGUUAUUUCACUUUUACUAGACAUUCGUUAUAAGUGGUUAAAAAGACCGUGACAAAAUAUUAUUUUUUUUUAAAGCCUAAAUCAAUACGGUUGUCAAACUAAAUAAUAAUUGCGGUGGAUACCUUAUAUAACGUAUGCCAACGUGCGUCUACAUAAUUUUAGUAGUUCUAGUCGCUGCUGACGGCCAACGUUGUGUUGGAUAAUUCGACCCUCUGGUAGGAAAAGACGACUGUGGCAUAAUAGCGACCAAGGGUCCAUUACAUUAGCCACGCAAUAUCUCUAAUAGCUCACCACCGAUGUUUUGAACAGGUUGAUACGGGCUUUAUUGUAUUGAGGUUAGCCUUAAUACUAUAGAACCUUGUUAUGAUCAAAUACUGCAAAUAUCUCUCCCUACGUGCGUGUUUAAAGAGCGUAACGUCGAGUGAUCAGGGCAACUUCUUAUGUAUACCUUUUUACUUGGGGCAUGCUAGAUGUUGGGCCUAACUGAAUAGGCGAUUAAACGUACACGCAGUCUACGUGAAUGUAUUCUCUAAUGUGUGCUGUUUAAUGCGUUGUAGUGUGAAUGAGAAACAAUGCUGUCUGUAAUAUUUAUUUAGAUUCUUUUGUGUCUGGUAUCAUAGGUAUGAACAAGCGAAAUGAAAGCUCGUUAUCUUCUUGAGAAACGUCAAGAAAUGUAUCCAUUAAUUCAAUCAAAGGUUAUCUAAGCAUACCUAUUUUAUAUACAACAAUAAGGUUCUGGCAGUACGAACUUACAUGCAUCAAUAUGUCAUAUGGUCCCCAUUGCCGGAUGCGGAAUCGCUCCGGCGCUAAAAGCUUUGAUAAUAUAUUACUAUAUAUGCAAUGACAUAUGAACAAUAAUAAAAUUACGUACUUUAUAAAUUACGUAAAUUUUUGCCAUUUAUACGUAUACGUAAGUGGCCUUUUCCUUUUGGAAAUGUAGGCGAUUUAUAAACUUGUAUAUUUUCAUUAUGGUGUUUUUUAC